UCAAAACCAAAUUCAAGAGAAAGAAAUCACGAUUAGCCUGAGGUGUGUGUAAAUUAGUCCGAGACACCCGGUAAUAUCGACAAAAAGCACCCGUUUACCCCUAUGGCAACCAAGUUAGUAUUAUCAUUAUUUACAGUAGUCGUAUCUUUCUCUUGUGCUUCGUCGAUUGCCCUGGCGGCCUCUUCCGACGACAUAAACCAGUGGUGCAACGAAACCCCGAACCCCGAAUCAUGCAAGUAUUUCAUGGCCCGUGGCUCGCACCACUUUGCGCCCAAACAAAAAUCCGAGUUCAAGAAGAUGGCCAUGCAAGUAGCCAUGGAACGAGCGCUUACCGCCGAGACCCACCACAAGGAGCUUGGCUCUAAGUGCCGUACCGAGCGCGAGAAGAGCGCCUGGGCUGAUUGCUUGAAGCUUUACGAGAGCACCGUUUUCCACCUUAACCAGACACUGAGCCGGAAAUGCUCCAACUCCGACGCUCAGACGUGGCUCAGCACUGCCCUGACCAACCUCGACACGUGUCGGGCCGGGUUUGUGGAGCUGGGCGUUUCGGACCUCGUGUGGCCGUUGAUGUCUAAUAAUGUCUCCAAGCUUAUUUGCAACAGUUUGGCUAUUGAUCACAAUAACGGCUCGUCUCAUAAACAAACUUACAGAAAAGGUUAUCCGACUUGGGUUUCACCCGGUGACCGGAAGCUGUUGCAGUCGUGGACAGCUACGAGGGCGAACCUCGUGGUGGCUCAAGACGGCUCGGGAAACUACCGGACCAUUAAGGCCGCCCUGGCUGCGGCGGCUAAGAGGAGGGGGAGUGGGAGGUAUGUUAUACAUGUGAAGCGUGGGGUUUACAGAGAGAACAUUGAGAUUGGUAUUAACAUGAAGAAUAUUAUGUUGGUCGGCGAUGGCUUGAAAAACACCGUUAUCACCGGAAGCCGCAGUGUGGGAGGAGGUUCCACCACCUACGACUCAGCAACAGUUGCGGUCACCGGUGAAGCAUUCGUAGCACGCGAUAUAACGUUCCGCAACACAGCCGGACCACAAAACUACCAAGCCGUAGCCCUCCGAUCGGGUUCCGAUCACUCCGUUUUCUACCGUUGCAGCUUCGAGGGUUACCAAGACACGCUCUUCGUCCACUCACAACGACAAUUCUACAAGGAAUGCUACAUCUACGGCACGGUCGAUUUCAUAUUUGGAAACGCGGCAGUAGUCUUCCAAAACUGCAUGAUUUACGCGCGCAAACCCCUGAGGGGCCAACAAAACGUCGUGACAGCACAGGGGCGGACCGAUCCCAACCAGAACACCGGCAUUUCGAUCCAUAAUUCUCGUGUCAUGGCCGCAUCGGACCUGAGACCGGUGCUUAGUUCAGUCAAGACGUAUUUGGGACGACCCUGGAAGCAGUAUUCGCGUACAGUUUAUUUACGUACUUAUCUCGAUUCCUUGGUGGAUCCGGCGGGGUGGUUAGCAUGGGAUGGUAAUUUCGCCCUGAACACUCUGUACUAUGGGGAGUACAUGAAUUUGGGUCCCGGGUCUUCGACCCGUCGCAGAGUGAAGUGGGGUGGCUACCGAGUAAUGACUAGAGCGACCGAGGCGUCAAGGUUCAGUGUCGCUAAUUUCAUCGCCGGCAGAUCGUGGUUGCCGGCCACCACCGUGCCGUACACUUCUGGCAUCUGAUCACAUCACUAGUUGCGCUGUUUUUUGAUUGACUGAUUCUUCUGUUGGUAAUUCUCUGUUUUCUUUAUUCUUUCUGUAAUCCCUACAUUGAAGAGAGUCUUCCAGGGGUAUUCUUGUUGAUUUUUUGAAACUUUAACACAUACAACAAUUUCUUGCUGCUGCUU